UGAUCUGGCUCUAAAUUGCUUCAUGCAAUUUUAAAAAAAAAAGCUUUUCAAACCUGAAACUCAAGUUACUGAAUCUGUAGGCAGCUACCCUGGUGCUUGGAACCUGGAACGUGCACCUCUUUCUAUGCCCCAUUUUUGCUUUCGUAUUUGCACACUUUUUUCUUUUGAAGGGAAGGGAACAAUCGGUCCCUGAGACCACGUGAAGGCAGCUGACAGAGGUGUAAACCACAUCCCUGCCUUUGCCUCCUGGGCCUCCAUCGCUCGCUGCCUGCCUGCAGCCCUCGUUUGCCCCCUUGUUGCUCCUCCUGAGGCUCAGUGCACAGGGAACUUAAGACUGCCACCCAUCACUGCAAGGAACGCGCUUGGAAGCCAAACAGAAAACCCAGGAAGCCUUUGGCAAUGUGGGAUUUGUGAGGACCCGUUAACUGUGGGCGCAAAAGAUGUCUGAGCCCAUCCUUGGCAUCGGCAGGAGCCCGGUGGAAAAGGAGCCUGGCCUACAGCAUACCCUGGUGAACGGAAAGUGUGAGAGCCCCAUCACACUUCUGGACCGGCUCUCUGCAACCAGAAGCAUUUGGGAGAUUCUUGAGAGCCAACCGGAACAAGCCAAGGAGUUGCUGUCAGUUCACCCACCUGGGACGUUCAUUAUCACUGGAAAUAAAGCUGGAGGGUCCAGGGAGCUCUUCCUACAAACGCAGGAAAACAGGGGUGAUGCUGUCUGCUGUUUCUCUAUCCAGGACAAUGGCGCGGCGAUUUCUCUGGAGGGCUCCCUGCUGCAUUUCAGAGACCUCUUGGAGCUGGUCUGUUUCCACCUUGUGAGCAGAGACAUCCUGCCCCAUCUGCUGAGGAUCCCAGAUGCCCUUCGACUUCUAUACAAGCCUGAAUUAGAUGCGGUUGCUGCCUUGGGCAUGAAGUUCUGGACAAUGCCCCUUAAACCUGACGAUGGGCUGGUGUCGGCUGAAGUGGAAGAUGGGCCCGUGGGUGUGGAUGGAGCCCCCUCUAAAUCUAGACAGGCAGACUGUUCUGUCCGGAUAACGUCCGAGGGUGAAGCUCUGUGCAUCAUCAACCCGCUGUUUGUCUCGGUGCACAGCGAUGGCAGCUGGCUUGACCUUGCUUCCAGCUUGUGCCGGUCAAGUAGCACAAGGGGCACUUUGCGGUUCCCGAAUGGGCUGGGGAUUCCCCAGAAGUCCGGCUCAGCAGCAUCCAGGAAACAAGGAGCCCAUGGGAGUCUGGAUCAUCCAGGGUCUCCAGAAGAGGAGGAGGAGGAGAUGGAGAAAGGUGACCCUCUCCGCCGCUCCAUCACCAUGCGACGGAGGCCUCUUCAUCGCAGCCUGGCCUGCAGCAGUUCAGAAGCUGCCUCCGAAGAGCCGCCUCUGUCCCCCAACCUCCACCUGAAGGAGGUCAAGUCCCCACACCGCGUCUCCUGGAUCGAGGGGAUCCCGACCACGCCUCCUGCCUGGCUGCUACAAAAGUCCAGCUCCGAAUCCUCUCUACUGAGCGAGAGCAUCUUGCUGCCUCCCAUCCCCGAACUCGACUCGCUCUCUGUCAGCAGCGUGGAGGACGAGGCGGAGGGGCUCCUCACUGCAGCGGCAGCUCAGCAGAAGAAGAAGCAGCGCCGUUCCUCCUCCGUCCUGACCUACAAGGUCCUCCAGCGCUUCUCCGCCGUGGGCAGCACGCUCAGCGGGUUCCUCUCGGCCGAACGUCGGGUGUCCAAGCGGGUGCAGGAGCUGGCCCAGGAGCCGGCGUCCUACGUGGGAGGGCUGGUGCAAAGCUUUGUGGGGCACAUCCUGCGCGAUGCCGGGAAAUGGUACGCGACCAGCACCGACCUGCUCCAGGAGAUCCGGCAGAUGAUCAGUAAUCUUAAGGGCUACCUGUGUGAGAGCUCGGAGCUGCGUGUGGUUUGCGAGCACAGCGAGGCUGAGGAGAUGGACCUGGGUUCCGUGGUCGAAGCCGCUCUGUACAAAUGCAUGCUGAAGCCUCUCCGGGACUCCAUCUACACCCAGUUGCACGAAUUCCACGCCCACGACGGCACCCUGAACAAGCUGCGCGAGCACCAGGCCACCAUGCGGCGGCAGAGCCUGGCCGAGCUGGGCGUGACGGCUGGCGUCCCAGACGGGGCCACCUUGGAGCGCAUCCAGGCCAAGCUGAGCCUUAUGCACCUGGCUUACUCCCCCAAGAAGAAGGAGACGCACAUGCUCAAAGUCUGCAAGAUGCUCUAUGAAGCCAUGAACCAGGCUGCCGGAGGAACAGAGCCUUUUGGCGCCGACGACUUCCUGCCGGUUCUGAUCUACAUGCUGGUGAACUGUGACGUGGUUUCGGUGCAGCUGGAUGUCGAGUACAUGAUGGAACUGGUGGACCCUAGCCAGCUGCAGGGAGAAGGAGGUUAUUACCUCACCACUUGGUUUGGCGCCCUCUUCCACAUCGAGAACUUCCAGCCAGCUGCCACGGUGACGCGGCAAAUCAGCAUUGAGGCCCAACGCUCCAUCCAUCAGUGGCAUCGGCGCCGAACCAUCCACCAUCACCACGCCAACCGGCGCCAUUCCCAGAACAUCCUCUAUGUCUCCUUCUGCGAACCCUUCAACAACCAGAAGACCAUCUCCAUGCUCCCUGGCAUGACAACGGCAUCAGUGUGCGCCAUGUGCGCCGAGAAGUAUGGCGUCUCCGAUCCCGAGACCUAUGGCCUUUUCUUGGUGUCAUGCGGCUCCUCUCAGCUCUUGGCCGGGGACAGCUGCCCGCUGAGACUCCGCUCGGAGACCCUCCAGGCUCAAGGGGGCCCUGCGAGUUUCGUCUACAAGCCCAAAGACAGGCGGCUCCCUGCUACCGUCGCUCCCCCUUCCCUUUCGAACCCUGACCGCUCGACUGAGGCCCGGGAGCCCCUUGAAAGCAAGGACACGGGGCAACCGGAUUGAGCGUAGGCCUCAGAACCUUCCGGAAACUUCCUCAGAGGGUUGCCCAAGCUUUUGGGUUUCUGACUGGGCAGAAAUGUCGGGACAAGCUGAGAGACUGGGGUAUAAAACGCCUGCCAGGAAAAGUCUCGAGCAGAAGACCUCUACCCUGAAGUAUUGGUAGAGAGAGGGUGAUGAGCCUUUCUCCUUUGCAUGGAAGCAUGUGCGGGAGUGGCCGCCAUUUUUUUUUUUUACUACUCCUGUUGCCCUGCCAGAGUUCCCUCUUCUGUUUAGACCAGGGCUGACCAGACUUUCAUGAUGUGCUUCUCCCUGCUCCCCACAUCCUGAGCCCCACCAACGUGGACAUACGGCAGCUUCCUAUCUCAGGGCCCCUCCAGACUGGUAAGGUUAAGUGGCAUUACAGUUGAAGUGGUACGAAACUGCUUUAAAUGCCCAGACCAUAUGGGGCCUUACUUCCAAGGCAGGUUUAGCCAUCUUGGUGCCCUCUAGAUAUUGUUGGACUACAACUCCCAUCAUCCCUGAUCAUUGGCCUGGCUGGCUGGGGCUACAGGCGGCACGAUCUGUUCAGUUCCAGUCCUUUCACUUUCUCAUUUUCCCCAAUACAGUCGUCCCUUGGAAGUCGAACGGAAUCUGUUCCGGAAGUCCGUUUGACUUCCAAAACGUUAGAAAACCAAAUCGUGGCUUCCGAUUGGCUGCAGGAAGCUCCUGCAGCUAAUCGGAAGCCCCGUCGGUCGUUUGGCUUCCCAAAAUAGUUCAAAAACUGGAACAGUCACUUCCAGGUUUGUGAUGUUUGGGAGAUGAUUUGUUCGGGAGCUAAGCCGAUCGACUUCCAAGGUACCACUGUAUUAAAUCCAGCUCUCCACAUUUCGGAGCAAUUCACAAUUUCACAAAACCUGUGAAAUUUCAUUAGCAUCUUAUUGCCGAUUUCUCCUAAUAAACACAUCUUUACAUUUUGGGGAGUGUGCACGUUGCUGCAGCCCGUUUCUUCCCCCCGCAACAUCGCGUAUUUCUGAAUGUCAUUUUCACAAAUACCUUCAUUUUUAUUCACAUUGUGUUUUCCCCUCAUCCGUGCACUUUUGUAAACCUUGACUGGAGAACUGCAUGGCACAGUUUGGUGAAGCAGGAAUGUCGAUGGAUGGCUGCAUUUUGGUUUGUACAAUUGUUUUGGAAAGUGAGGUUUGGGGCAGAUUUGGUUUUGAGUGCAUAUAGAAUUCUUUGUCUGUAACUGGGGCUG